GAUCGUCGGCAGCAGACUCUUCACUCAUUCUUAAUCAUAACAAGGAAACAGAGUCUUCAAGCAAGACACUGCAGACCCUCCAACAUGGGUAAGUUCUUGAUUGUGCUUUUGUUGAAUAUUGUCUGUGGUAGACCUUUUAUAUAUUGUUUCAACGAACGCUUCGAAACACUUUUUUAGCUUCUUUCCCACUGUUUCCGGGUGACGUGAGCUACGGGAUUGUGUUAUUUACUAUCAUUACAGAUUUUCAAUCUUCUGAAACUUCCUGUUCCAGAGAAAUGACAUCGAAUGACAAUAUUUCUUGUAUAGUUAAGAGUUAGAGAGCUGAAGCAUUGCAAAACCUUACCCGUUUGCUACGUUUCGAUCAUUGAUUUAUUACACAACUCGAUUUCGUUGUCCGCAAAUUACAAGCGAGCAAUUAAUCUAAUAAAGUUUCGUUUAUUUUCACUUCACUAACGUCCAUAUUUACAGCAUAUAUAUUGCACUUAAACCUCUUUUCCUAACGCUGGAUUAUCCCGCCUUGUCGAUUAUGUUACCAUCAUAAAUGACGCACAAAAACGUGAAAUGAAAGAAACUGGACUGUAAUCCAGCUGCAAAAGGGAGUCAAGUGUAUAACUGAAAUACCGAUUUAUAUCAAUGACAGGAAAAAUAAGAUAUUCUGAUAUUCACAUUAAUUAACUCGACAGGCCCAGGUGUUUUAAUAUACUCGCAUAUUAACAGCCCACAAUUAUAUGAUUGAACAUAGUUGCUAAGCAAACUGCCGGGCGUCCACUUAAUCAGUUACAGUUUUCGCGCGCAGGGAACAGAGGGAAAUAUUGAGGAAAACCCUGGACGAGUUAAAGGCCCCGUCCACACGGAUCUGGAUAUUUUUGAAUCCGCAACUUUUUCUUUCCGGAUACGGCUUCCGUCCACACGUAUUCGGUGAAUCCGGCAUACGAAUCCUCAACGUUUUGAAUCGGCUCUUAAUUCGCAAUCCGGAAUCAUCUGGACGCCAAAUGCGGAUAUUUUUCAUUAUCCCGUGCGUAACAAGAGCAAACCCAGUUCUUUACCAUGAAUACUGUAUUCAAGAUGGCAUGCUCUGUUGUCAAUAUUCCCAGAGGAGUCCUGGGUGCUAGCCGUGAAUCCAGAUACGUGUGAAAUUCGAGUCGAAUCCGGAUACGUAUGGGCGUGGAAAUUGUUUAAACCGCAAAGAAAAAUUUGCGGAUUCUAAAAUAUCUGGUUACGUGUGGACGGGGCCUGAGUAGAUUAAUUAGAAAACAUCUUCCUGGUCACGUGACACUGUCGAAUUUCCAAAUUCGGAAAAGAAUGCGCAAAAAGCCCAAAACGGAUUCACAUUUUCUUUACUUUGAUGUUCGCAUAUAUUUUUAAAAUUAUUGAUGUAAAUAACAAUUAUUCACCGAAGUGGAGUUGGCUAGUCGUGCAUAUUUACCGAGCUACGAAGCACUACUAGCCACCGCCACUGAGGUGAAUAAUUAUUUUAGUAUAUACCAAAACAGUGAGAUAAUUGAGCAGAGAAAUGAUGAUUUUUAACUCAACUGUUGCCAACAAUUACAAUUUUGGCGCGUAAUGACCGAACGGCCGCGAACGUCGCUUUUUCUUGCCGACAAAUAAAACUUUUGAAGGCAUUUGUUUAGCUCUUGCGGGGAAAUUUCUUCAAAAGGAGUUGUGAAUUCUUUUUGUAUUUAAAAUCAUUCUAUAAAAAAGAUUAUUUAAUUUAGCUUAAAGCUUAUUUAUGAACAAGUCAACUAAAUAAAGUAACGCAAGACAUAAGCUUAAUUUGCAUUUGUGAACAAAACAGUUUUUCAUCGGUUUUAUCGAUAAAUUCGAGUCAAAAAGACAAAGAUUUAACUGUUAAAACUUCCAAACCGAAUUUCCUCACCAUCUUCGUGUAUUUCGGGAACAGCAUGCUUGAGAUAGUUGUGAAAUUUCUUUGUUUGUUAUGGCCGCAAACCGGGAAGGCAUUUUUCUCGCAACUUACAUGAGUUUGGCGUCGCUCGCUCGGAGGAAUUGGAGGUGAAUCAGUGAAUAGUUACUAUAAAUUUAUUGCAGAUUAUCCCGUCCAGAAGGGCCUGGAUCCGUGUCAUCAGUUGACAGAGAGUGAUAUACACGAAAGUCAGCUUGCGGAACAGAUUGGCCUUAAAUGGAAAGACCUUGCUAGAGAACUAGGUUUUCUUCAAAGCACCAUUGAUAUGAUCGAAAAGGAAAAAUUGUACUGUAAUAAGGAAUGCUGCAUAGAGCUUCUUGUACGGUGGAGGCGUCAGAACGGAACAGAAGCUACAGUUGGAAAAUUAAAAAAAGCGUUGGAGAAGGUAGAACUCAAGAACGUGGCUGAUAAUCUGAUCAGCGGUAAGCAAGAGAUGUUUUUUAUUCUUGAGUAUAAGUUGUCAAAUUAGAUUCACAAAUUCUGCUCUGAUCUUUCUAUUGGUGAGAAGAGCCUGGUUCUACAUAAAAUAACUGAUUGAGUUGAUCAGUGAUCUAUCAAAUGUCGUGAGCUCUAUCAAAGGAUCGAAAUAACUCAACUCUUCUCACUUACAAUCUUCACUGAAUCUUUUUACUUUGUUUGAGAUAUAUCUUUGAGGCCAAAUGUGAUUUCAUGUAAUUCAGUAUUCCGCAGAGGAAACGGCUGGAUAAUAGCGACGAUCGAGUUUAGGUCAUUCAAUUUUGAUUUGAGGCUUGAGCACAAAGCAGCUCGUAUGCUCUGCUGUAGGAUUCGUAAUAACAGAUAUCCACGAAUUAUCAUGUUUUUCAAAGGUAGCAACGUAAUGAAGUGAACAUGAUCUUUGCAACCCAAACGAGCCUGUAAAACUUCAGGCUUUCCGGUCAAGCCCGAACUUUUAAUUUUUCAGGCUCUUUUUCAAUCGCUAAUAGGUUGUUCAUUCUACUGCGAGAUCAUGUUCACUUUCAUAUCUUUAUCCGCAGUUCAACUGAAUAUGAUUCAUUUUUUUAUAUUUCAAAAAAUGUAAGUGUUACUGACUCAGUGUCGUUCCUUUUCUUAGGACUCAGCUGCUGCCGAUGCAAUUGCAUCAGCCAAAGAUCAACUCGUUUGGAACCUGAAGUAUCAAGCGAACCACACCAAGUAAGCUGGUAGACUUGCUGUUUUGAGGAAUUAGGAAAAGUGUCUCGAAUAUUGAUAUGCAACCCAAGCAGUUAGAAAGGUUUUGACGACAAACUGUUGGUUUAAACCAUAUCAUUUUUUCUUCACGAGAUACAUAGGCAGAUGGUAAGAAUGAUUUACAGUCACACCUUUAUAGUUAAAAACUUGUGAUUCCCGCUUUUUCUUUCAGAUGAAGAGAUGUGAUAGGAUGAUUUGUGAAAUGAGUGACAAACUCAGAGCCAUUUUAAAAGAGGUAUACCAAGUUAUAUGCUAUCAGCCGUGUUAAGGAAUGCGAAAAGCUAAUGACUUGCUGGCAAAAGGGUAACAUGUUUCGCUUCUGUUACACAGUCAAGCAAAUGCCAUGAUGAGAUGAUCUGUAAGGGGAUAUCUGAAAUGAGCGACGAACUCCGAGUCACCUUUAGAGAAGAGGUAUGAAAUGUCACACUGAAUAGUUAUGUUAAGAAUUCGUUUGCUAAUGACCGGUCAUGACAAGGAGACUAAUUUUUUUUUCUCUCUCUAUUUCAAAAAUGGAAGCCCAAAUUAAAAACUUAAAAAUCAGCGCUUUUAAGGACGGUGCCCACUAAUGGGAAGUAUUUUUUCCCAGAUAAUGACUAUGUGAGACAAGUAGAUCAUAUCAGGGGCUAUUGAAAUCCAAAAAGAAAACUGGGGGUAACCACGUAUUUUUCAGAGAUAACUGCGCUUCAAUAUGGAGAAAAACGCUGAAUAGGCGUUUUUUAGAAAAAUAAUAAAAAGUUAUUUUUUCCCAAAAUUUCAUAGUGUACACAUGAACUGGCACAAAUGCAAUGAUAAUUGUAACAAUGUUUCAAAAAAAGCAACAAAUGAUAACAGAACAACUGCUCUUUAUACGUCUUUUUUUGAAAUAACAGCUCAGCUGGGAAGUUAUCAGCAGUUACCCCUCUCCACGCUUUAGCCUAAAAAAUAGUGUAAACGACAUUUUCCCCGAACCAAAAAUUGAUCGUUUGCAUAUGUCAUUGUUUGAAUAUGUUAUUAAACUUCUGUAAACUUGCAUACAUUCAAUGAGCUUAUAUCUGUGCUUUGCGCUAUCUCUUUCGGGCUUUGCCACAAGUGUCAUAUGACAUAAAUGAUUUGCAUAGACUCAAGUUCCAUACAUGAGCUCUCUAUUAAAAAGCUGAAUAGUGUGAAAGUAGUUGUACCGAAUGUGUUUAUGUACCCUCAUAUAUAUGCACUGGUUAUUAUUAUGAUUAUGUGUGGCGUGAAAUUGAACCUGAAGAAAUACUAUCUACACGACAAGCUGUCAAUGAGUCAAUAAUUUCAAUGCUUAGUAAUGCCAAAAUGCUUAAAUAAUAACGAUAGUAAAAAGCAUUACAAUUUUUUUACCAUUUUUUCCACGAUGAAAGCGUUUCCUUUGCGGUCUGCAACUAUUUGUGAAGCUGCGAUCUCAGCAAUUCAAACAAUCUUGUGAUAGUUUUUUUCUUGUUUGUUCAACAAAUAAAAGCCUCGGACUCUCAAUAAAAGGGACAUCUUUAUGUACUCGAACGCUUUAAAUCUAUCUUCUGGUGAAUAAUUAUGUAAAAUCUUACAAAAUUCGAGAAAUAUUCGGGAAAGUGUUUACAGCCGAUUAGCCGAUAAAACGCGAAGGACGCGAGUGAAAGGUAAGCUUGCAGUUUCGGAGGACUUAGAGCUAUCCUCCCUCUGAUUUACUGAUCCUUGCCUAUUAAGGGAUUUUUUGAUACCCAAGCUCUACGCGUAACAUCUUGAAGCAGUAAACUUUUGAUGUUUUAGAAUUGACUUUUUAAAUUUGUUUGACUAUAAAAUGUUUGGUCAGAUCGAUCGACGUAGAAAUAGCAACAUACGCAUACUUCUUCGGUUUUCAAAGAACUGACAAGGUAAAUAGAAAUUAUUUUUCACCUGUUGAAAACCGACGCAUCUUUUCCACAAGAAAUAACUACAACCUCCCAGUCUUAAAUGAAAGGAACAUGCGCCAUGAAAGCAGAAAAGAAGUGAGUAAGCAACCAACAAACGGCUUUAUAACUGUCAUACGAGAUGCGCCUUGGCCGUCCGAGGACAUAAAAAGAUGUCUUACUGUAUUUGGUAUGUAAUAUUUUCAUAGAUUUUGAGGGUUAACUCUUCGACCAAGGAGUUGGAGCAACAGCUUUCAUAUUACCAGCAAAAGUGCAAGGAUACAGAACAACAGGUUAGAAUACAGCAAAAACCCGCGUAUGAGAAGUUUUUCAAGCUAGGCUAAGAAGGCUCUUAUAAUAGUGGAGCUAACUGGUUAAUUAGGCUACUCAGGUUCUUAUACAGGUUCUUAUUUCAAAGAAUAAAUAAGGUGUUUGUCCUUGGUGGGUGUGGCCUAUUUUGGGCCCUUUUGUGGCAGUGCGUGCAUAAUAUGUUAUAAAAAUACCUUUAAUCCAAGCAUGUUAAAGCAUUUUAUGAAGUUUACACAAAGCUAUGCAAGUUAAACAGAACAAAAGUACAAAGAUACAACUCUCUCAUUGUCAGGGUUUUAUCUUCAUUUUGCUAACUGCCGGUGAGCUUGUUCUAUUAAGUUUGUGUAUUCAAUGUUUGACUGAAUUUCUCAAAAUAAGAACCUGUUUCAAAAUUGUAGGCUUGACAGGUUCUUAUGUAAAAGGGGUCUAAACAGACAAGCAUAGCCUAACAUCUAACUUAAAAUCUGGGUUCUUAUACACGGAUUUUUGCUGUAUUACAUAGUCAUUAACAAGUGAAAAAAUACUAAAAUAAUGGAAAGGUACUCAGAACAGUUAUAAUGAUUCGCUAAUUCGUGACUUACUGACUGACAUCCGGAGGAAAAUCUCAUGAAUUCACCAUCUGGUGCUCGUGUUUCUACUACUUCUUUGUCUUGCAGGUUUCGCAACUGAGGAUUAGAAUUGAGGAAUUAGAAGAAGAGCUUUUAAUUGCCAGGCAAAAGCGCCAUGAGAACGACGAACAAAACGUGAGUCAACGUUUAUUUUAACAAAUGACGCGCACUUUUCAUGUGCGACGCACUAUGAAAACUGUCUUUUACUUCUUUCAUUUGCUAGCCUGCGAAUACAGCCGUUUCUUCUUGCUCCUCGCCACUACGGACGUUUCGCCAGGGGAAACGUCUGCGACUCAGCGACAGAAAUUCCAUACUGAUGACGUAAAAUCUGUUCGGAAUCUGGCCGGGAUCUCUGAUUGGUCGACGUAGUACCUAUAUUGCUUCACCUAUUGUUUACUAAUGACAGUCAAAAGACAAAAGCCCACAAAGGUCAACUGAAAACGAGAUAAAUCUAUUAUUCCGAGAAUAUAUUCUUCUUUAGAAAAAGCAUCAGAGUUUUACCGGAGCUCGUUAGCAAAAUAUCACAAAACUUUACCAUAAUCAACCAGGAGAAAUAUAAAUUUACAUUUGGAACCCCAUGACUACCGGAUUCAUUAUGUAAACAUUGAUUUGCGUCAUCAGUAUGGAAUUUCUGUCAGUGAGUCGCUGACGCUCCUCUCCCUAUGCGCAGGCUAUCCAUUUGCGUGUCUACGCUCAUUUUACAUAAAUCGAACCUAAAAAACAAUAAAAGUACAAAACAACUGAUCCUGAGCUCUGCGCGGAACUAAAACAGCAAAAACACUAAGGGGUUAACUAUUAAAAAAUAUAUAUUGUUUAUUUCCUACUUUUAUUAACAUAACUUGCAACUAAUGAAAAAAGGAGAUUUGUUGCCAGAAAAGUAGCAACAAAUGGGGAUGCCGAAGGAGUCGAGGACUGCAGUUUAAGCAUUCGUUCCCAACCUUAUGCUUCCACGGUUUGCUCCCAGAGAUUUUUUUGUCUGGGAACUUAAACAUUAUCCUUAACAGUCUGGGCCGCAUGGAGUCAUAUUAAAUUGUGUAGGUUUGCGCGUAGGUGGAACUCGAUCUAAUGUUUAGUUGAUAGUAAAAGAGGGAAGCUUAUAGGAGAGAGUGAGAUAAGGCCGAACAUAACGCGUCGGAAUCGAGGAUUGCUAAAUUGCGUGGGUCGUGGGUCGUGACUCACGGCCCACGACCCACGACCCACCCACCCACCCACGCCAAUUAGUCAAUCUCCAUCACGUACGGGAAGAAUUUCAGAAGCGGAAUGGCAAAAUCGGUAAACAAACUUAACUGGAAAAAACCAGUCUCGCUGGUUUAGUCUCGUGAACCUGUUUUUAUGGUUUCCCAUAUUUUUCUUUUAGUUUGUGUAAACUGGUUUCAGCAAAUCCCAAAGGAUUGAAAAAGCUAUACAAUCAUUGGACAGCACUUCUUUAAUUCAAUUAAUAAAUGCGAUCCCAGGGGAAAUACACAUGCUCGCUCCUGGAAAGAAAGCUCCUAAAAGAAAGUAAUAUCAUUUCUACGCAGACUUGCAUAAAUAGGCCAUCAACCAAUUAUUCUUUAGUAUUCCGGCUUAGUGGAAUUCGUAUGUAUUCCUUCUUUUAUCAAUGUUUAGCAUGAUGAUCUCCCGACGGAUACAGACCAGUUAGGUAGAGAACAUCACAUUGAUGAUCGACUAAGAAAGAUCAACGAACUGCUUCACACAUAUGUUACAUCCCCUUUGCAAGUGCAAGAAGUUAAACAAGAUCAACUAAGAACAGCAGUAAAACUUGAUCUGCUGACAAGGCUGAGCGAGCGGUUGCAAGAUUUAUACACGGAGGCUUUAGGUAUGGUUGCAGAGGCUUGUAAAUGUAGCGAAGACUUAAGGAAAGACUUCUAUGACCUGGCCUACCACGGGCUCAGGGCGGAACACUAUGAGCUGGUCCACAGAGUCAAGGAUCUGGAAUCAGUCCAGGAGGAAAUGAAUGAAGAGGAAAAGAAAGAAUGUGACAGGCUGCAAUCAUAUCAGAGGGGCAGACAAAGCCAGGUCGAAAAAUUGGACAAACUUUGGAGAUAUCUAUUUUCCCCGGUAUGCAUUUAUGUCAACUAAAGCGUUCCAAGUGAACGGUUUGACUUUAACUUUAUUUUAGUCAGCAUUUAUACUGUUAGGUACUGUUAAAAAAAGAAAAGAACAGUACCGAUCGCGAUAUGAGGGCACUUUAAAUAAUUUGACGUGAUGGACGCUUUUUCUUUCUCUUCAAAAGGUAAGCAAAUCUCGGAAUAGAGGAUGGGAUUGAGUCGAGUGAGAAUUUUAAUAAUCUUUUCAUCUUCGACCUUUAAAAUUCACACUAUCAGGAACAAAAAGGGCUUGAAGUGUGUGUUAUUUAAGAAUUUAUUCCUGCUUUGAUGGAUCGGAAUUCCGCCUCGGAAUCCGACUCCGGUGUUGUAAACUGGAGAAUGCGGGAAAAGUUUCGAACAAUAUUCAAUUGAAGGAAAAUUGCAUUAAAGCGCAUAAUUGCCGACUGUUUCCCAAGUUUUAUUCCUUUUUCAGAACUGUAAAGAAGCUACCCCAGUCAAGAAGAUUGGGACUGACAUCGAAUUUAUGUGAAUCACAAUAAAAUUUUGCAAACUUUGUCUUUGAAGUCCUCAUUUGAGCGAAUUUAACAUUCGACUCAGGUUACGUUCACACAGUAAUUUUAUAAUCAGUCUUAAAUUCGUGCGUCUAAGUGUUCCGUUCAUACGGAAUCAAGCUAACCAUACGUUAAUUCGAUAGGCCCUUAUCGACUGUGCUAGCAUAAGUAUUGGCAUAAUUUGGAAAAACGAGCAUAAUUUUUGCACUUUUUCUAGAAGUAGCACCUCUAGCAUAAUCGGCAUAUUUUUAGUUUUUUUCAAGGGAACAUUACCAGAGUCAUGACUUGCUUGGUCUCUAAGAUUGAUUGUUUUCAAGUUCUGUCAAUGGUUCAGUCUACUUUUAUUCGUCUGGGGGAGGGGAAGAAGGUUACCGCAAUACUGCGUCGUUGGUCGUCUAGAGGACUGGGCACACCGGAAGUAAAGAUUACGUUGGUCCCAGUUCCCGCUUUCACACGUACCACGGGUGUCGAGCAACUUAGAAGGAGAACAGCUGCCUGAUAGGCUAGAACCCGCUCAAAUUGCUUGAGAUCGGAGCCUGAAGAAAACCAACAGCAAAUACAAGGCCGGGGGGGAGCAUCUGCACGUGAGAUAAGUCAUGGUUCAGCCAUCUUCUGCUGCUUCAGAGAGAGUUUUUAGCAUAUUGUCAGCCUCGUUGGAUGAACAGCAGCAGAGUGCACUGUCAGACACUUACAAGCAAGUGUGAUGCUGCAAUAUAACAAGCGCUAAGCUAUAUUAGAACACUUUAACUGUGAUACUAACAUCGUACAUUUUGUCACAUUAAGUCACCGCUUCUAGUCUGGAAUGAAGUUCAGUAGUUGGUUGUGUUUUAUCAGGGCAAGUGUGUAACUCAAGAUAAAGAAUAUGAUGCUUUAUUAGCAAUAAAUAUACAAUUUGGGUUUUUGGACUCGUUUUAAGUUUUUUAUUUUUAAGCAUACAUUAAGAAAAAGUAGCAUAAUUUUAAAAACGAGCAUAAUUUUGAGCAUAAUUUGGAAAAAAAAAUCGUUCACUGCUGGUAGCAUAAUAUGCUACUUUUACUAGCACAGUCGAUAAGGGCCUAUAAUUUGACCGCCAAGCCGUUCAAAAAUUGGAACCCUAAAAUCUAAGUUACAUUUUUAGCCGGUACGGCCGAAAAUUUAGCCUACGCAAUGUGAACACCGUCCAUGACUGUCUACAUUUUGUACGACAAAUUUAGUUGGCGUGGUGUGAUCAUGAACGCCACAACCGUCUAAAAACGUUUCUGCUGGUCGAAAAUUCAGUUUCCGUUGCCGUGUGAAUGUAGCCUUUAGUGUUUUUUCUCCGAUUUACUUUGCUAAAAACAACUCGCGUCUCGUCGUUUUGCGAUUCAUUUCAAUCUCGGCGUCGGCGGGAUACGGGAUGAAUCCGCCCGCGCCUCAUGUUUUACAAGUUAUAUCUAUCUCGGCAAAACUGGGAUUGCAUAGGAGUCUUAGCUGGAUCGAAUAAUUAAUAGCCUUGAAACAACGCUGACUAAUCGUUUAACUUGCAGCCUGAUCGCCGCCAGAAGACGGCAAUGUCAGCGGAUCCGGUGGGUCAAAACAAGCCAAGAGAUAGUAAAAAGGUAGAUAAAGAUUAUUUAUAGUUAAAUUGGAAAGAAAUUUGGAUUAGGUAGAAAAAUAAAAAAAUAUAUAUAUAUAUUUUUAAUGAUCAGUGUCCUUUGCGCUAAUCCCUCAUCUGCUGAAUCCUCCCAUGACCAGUUCAUUAGCAUUCAAUUAUUCAUUCGUUCUUUCGUUCCUUCCUUCCUUCCUUCCUUCCUUCCUUCCUUCCUUCCUUCCUUCCUUCCUUCCUUCCUUCCUUCCUUCCUUCCUUCAUCCAUUCAUUCAUCUCCGCUUCCAUUCAUACAUCUACUCAUUCCUUCCUUCCCUCAUUUUAUGCAUUUAUUGGUAACCCGGCUCUCCAUCAGCGUUUGCAAGUGUGAUCACCCCGGGAUGCUAAGUGAAGAAAAACAGAAGACACAGAAGGUUAUAGUUGUUUUUUUCCUCGAGUCCCUGACAUUGACAACGAAUCUACACUUUACUAAUUUCUGAAGAAUGGUUUUUUAUACGUUUGUUAUAGGUCACGAGAUACACUGACCCUGGUGAUAUAUGGAGAAAACUUAAGCUGCGUGGAGAGGAUACAGGAUCUGCAGCGUCCUCAACUUCCAGCGAUGGCAAACCAGACGAAGAGUCACGUUUGAAUGUAAGCAUUCCCUCAUUUUUUUCAUUUUUCUGUACCUCACUCCUUCCUCCGGUCCGUCUUGCGAGGUGCAUUUGAUCAUAUUUAUCUGCUAGUUUGCGCCAAAAUAGAAAUAAAUUAUUAUUUAUUAGUAAUGGUAAUAGGACUGACUGGAGUACAUUUUGUAACUAAUUAACAAUUAGUCUUAAAAGACUUCAGGAACUGUAAUCACCGUUUUCUUUACACUCAAAGCUUGGUAAAUCAAUUGUAUUUAACAAGCUGUCAAAGCCUAAAGAUAUAUCAGAUAUAUCUGAAUAAAAGUCACUGGACCAGUUAGUUUCGUCCAUUUUGCUUUUCUAGUUGAAGCUGGACAGCUUAGUUGUUCACUAUUUUUCAUUAAUUUUGAUUGGCUAGUGGCAUCUGCUACUUGAUUUUCAUUGGCGAUUUGACCUGUCCGAUUACAAGCUCCUGAUAAUCAGGUCAAAUCAGACAGUUUUCGAGUUACAAUAGCAAAAUUUAAGCUAUAAAUGUGGGGCUGUUAAGAACCAAUCAGAUUCAAGCAUUUUGUUAUUGACACUAUUACUAUUAUUAUCAUUGGCAGAUCCCGCCUAUCUUUUAUAAUCUGUUUGGAGGCCAUAGUUUCCUAAAUCACGGUGCCUACUUUUGAUGCUGCUCAAUUUUUUUUUCCCAUUAUAGAGUUCUAAUGACGGUGUUUUCUUAUACUUGCAUUUUACGGCUCCUUUAUAUAUUGCUGCGCUUAUAAGAAAAGGAACAUCGAUAAUUAGUCAGCACCUUGUGUUCAACCCCAUCGCCCAGAAUGCCGCGACAUAUCUGGGAACAUUGCAAGUGUCAGUCUACCAACUUAACACAGUUAGGCAUGCGAGGCUUGCAUGUCAAGGCCUUUUAAUAAUUGUAUUAAUUUAUAAUUAAAAUUUUCAAAAUCGUUAGGCUGACAGUUGCAAUGUAUCAACCAAUUUCUUUCAUCGGUCUCGUCAAGGGUCUUCAUCGUUUGUCCUUUUCCCUCGCAUGCCCCUCAUACUCAAGUGCCACGAUACUCUGUCGCAUUGUUUUCCUCAUGGGAAAACUAUGGCCAUGUUAAACAAGUUGUGAGUCAUGAUUUUACGAAUUUAAUUCCAUCAGCUUUUGCCCUGCCUGCAAAUGAAGUUCAUGAUCACUUUCUAUUAGCACAUCAGUUUGGACGCACAAUACGUCAUGUGAAGAGCUUUAAGAUUAACGAUGUUCAGUCACUGAACUUCGUCACUAUGGUGGUUUCUUGGCUUACCUUCACCAUUUGAUGCUUAUGCUUUGGUCUCCUGACUACGAGUGAAAGACCAGUUUAUUGCUUAUAUGGGGGGAACUUUUCAGAAUAAUUAUAUUAUGCCCGAAUAUUACUAAAAAGGUUUUUCACCUACUAUGGUGAAAGAUUCAUUUCUUGUUAUUUGUCUCAAAUUUUACCCUCAGACUUUUGGAAUUUUCCAUACUAAGCCUAUAAUAUUAAUUUCUUGAUAUUAUCUUUGGGUUCAAAUACUGAGGCGGCGCAAUUACUAUCAGUUUUUUGUAAGCUUCAAUUACCAUGUUUAGAUCAUUUUUUCCUGCAUAGUCGACUCAAGAACUGUGCAAAACAGCUGUAAGAAAUCCCUUGACCUUGCACAAAACAUUUCUCUCUAGUCUAAUAGGAGACUAACGUUAACUGGAUUCUAUUAUAAAAAUUGACAAAAUGUUUUAUUUUUUUCAGCUGAGGAAAAUGAAGUCAACGGUCGAAUCAGUCAUUCAAACCAUUUCUAAAAAGAAGGAGGGUGGCGAGAAACAGAUGCGGGAUUGCUAAUUAUUAUUUGUACCGAGUACUAAUUUUCCCGUUUUUUAGAUUCAUUUUAUGUAACCCCGGGGUUUUCUCCUGGAAAUUCUUGGUGGGGGUGUGCCGACCCGUUCUCCAAAUCCUGACCCUACUUCGGACCAAAAAGUGCCAUUUUUCACACACGUUUUCAGGCCUGGCCUCUAAGAAAUUGUCUUCAUUACUUAGAUUAGAACAGCAACCAAAAAAGAUUUAUUCAAAUCCACUUCGAAUUCGCAUUUUUCUCUUUCUUUCUUAUUCAUUUGGAAUUGAAACAAUAAAUACGUUCAUACACUCCCGUGGUCUAUAAUUACCCGCUUUCAGACCAAAACGGUGCAAAAACCAUACCCUCUGGGGUGGCAAAUACCUGUAUGGCUUAUAUAAGGGCGUACCCCCGGGUAUUUUUUUACUCGGUACAACAUGCCCAUUAAGUUUUGUGGAGAGGCUUUUGUGUAACGUCAAUUAGACGAGGUAUCAAGAAGCUAGACGUCUCGUUCUCGAUUUUAGUACCUGAAACUUGUGCAAAGUCGUUACCAAGUUUGACCCGCUUGCAGAGAACAUUCUCUUUGUGUUACAGGCUCGAAAUUGGGUUCUGUUCACGCAAAACGAAGGCAACUCGCUGUUAGAUUAAACAAAUAGACCCGAUUCCAAUGUAUUAUACUUCUUAUUAUUUAGCUAUUUUAUUCUCUGUCCCUGGUCACCGGAGGUUUAAUUCUCUAAAUCGGGUGAAAUUCAAGCGCGGAAUCCGCAAUAACGAGGCCCGGCGGUUUAUCUUUAGUGAUUUUCAGAACAGACCUCUUCAGCUAGGGUGAGAUACCUGCGUUUUUUCCUAAUUAUUUUUAUACAAAUAUAGCAUGGUCAAGCGGUCAGUCCGUACGGCCCUAGUCCCGCUCAGAACACUGGAGGUGUUCAAAUUCCCGACCAUGCUUGAAAUAAUUGUUCAUGUUAUUUGCUCAAUUUUACUAGCCAGUGUCGGCCAGGGUUUUGGAUAUACGUUAUCUUUCACCUGCAAACAUAUGAUUUUGGGUAACGGUAUGAUAGGUUUCCUUUACGUUUGGACAUAUGCUGAGAAGAAAGGGUGAAUUUCGGUUUAGUGACUAACUUAUUUCGGGUACAAUGGCAUAUUUAGUAUCCCCACUGACCGAACCUGACUAGCUUUUUCAGUCAUAAACACUGUGUAGGUUAUUACUGUUAUUAUAGUUAGCUAUCGCAAAAAAGGUAGAAAAAUUAAGGAACAGAGAGGACGCACUUGUUAAAAUGUUCAGUGUUCACUUUGAGAAAAAAGAGAAAUGAGGUGCGUGUUAGUUAGUUAGUUAGUAGCAUCGAAGAAGGCGAUUAUGCUAGCACGACUUGAUCUCUCAAGUUUGAGUCUUAACUAUAUCGCCAUUAACAAAGAUUACAAAAUACCGGAAAGUUACCACAGUUGAUGAAGAUGAAAAUUUGUCAUGAUCAGUAUUUUUAGG